AUGGCAAUGUCCUGUCGGCAUGCGGCGCAGAGCUGUGCCCGCCAAUUUCGCCCUUUUGGCUCUGCCAAGUUCCCUGUACACAUGCUUCGGAUCGCCCCGACGACAAGGCGGCUCAACUCGACCGAGGCCGCUCCUACAAACCCCAAGAUUGCCGAGAUUGUCGAUCAGAUCAGCCAGCUGACUCUGCUGGAAACUGCCGACUUGGUAUCUAGUCUAAAGACCAGACUGAACAUCCCCGAUAUGCCCAUGGGUGGCUUCGCCGCUGCCGCCCCCCCUGCGGCCCCUGCCGCCGAGGAACCGGAAGAAGCAGCUCCUGCUGCUGCCGAGAAGUCUCUUUUUACCUUGAAGCUGCAAGCUUUUGAUGCCGGUGCAAAGGCCAAGAUCAUCAAGGAGGUCAAGAGUCUGCUCGGACUUAGCUUAGUAGACAGCAAGAAGUUUGUGGAGAGUGCACCCAAGAUGAUGAAGGAGAACAUUCCCAAAGAGGAGGCUGAGAAAAUCAUUGCCAGCAUGAAGGAGCUUGGUGCUACUGUUAUCAUGGAGUAG